AGGGAUGAACUGCUGGGGGAGAAAGGAUGUUGAUAGUUCAGAUUAAGCGAUCUGAAUGUGUCACAGCAGCACGUAACACAAUGACGGGAAUCAAAGAAUGAAAGACACAGCGUGAAUAGAUUAAAAGGUAGAGGAUACGCAGGUCGAAAGGGCAGCUUGAAGAAUUAAUAAAGUGGGAAAAUGCUGCAAAACCCCGACAGAAAAGCAGACGGAUCUCAAUACUGAGGGGAGAUGCUUGAGUAUUUCUUAAAGGAAAUUUCAGCUCUUCCCUCAUGUACUGUAUUCUGUUUUACUUUCGGUCUGCUGAAGGCAUCCACUGUUAUUUCUACUUCCAUUGGCCCUGAAUUUGGAGCUUUAUAUUACAGCCACCCCAAAACGUGUAUUUUUUUAAAUCUGCGGCAAGUUAAUGUCAGUGCUAAGGGAUACAGUUUGAGAGUGAACCUGAUUUGCAGUGAUUGGAGCGGUUUCCGCAUACUUGUCGCUGACAUUUGAAAACUGGUUCCACCUGAAAUGUACCUGCAGGAAGUAAACCAUCCCCCUAAAAACCCAGCAAAUGUACUUCAAUGUAGUUUUAGUCCAAGGUGAAAGCACCGCGUCUGGAUGAGUGGGUUCUCUGCCCUCUCUCUCUUUCAAGCCCCAACAAAACAUUUCAGAGCAAUUGCAUGGAACUGGAGAAGUGCAUCUGGAAAAGCUGCUGACGGAUUGUGAUGGAAAAGACCUUGCGGAGCUGCCUCCCGUGUCUGCGGGUGCUCUGGGACCGCCUUUGGCCCGAACCUCCGCCCGCGACCUCCCCUCCAGCUCGGCGUCAGGUUGCUGUUAUCUCGGGUCCCUUGGUGGACUCCAAAGUGUCCGCCUUAAACCCAACCCCAGUGGCGCCUCGCAAACCAGGACUUGUCUACGCCGCACUGUACGAUUUCCAGGCCAGGUCGCCAGAAGAGCUGUCCCUGAAACAGGGCGAGAAACUGAGAGUCCUCCGAGAUGAAGGGGACUAUCUGUUUGCACAGAAAGCCGCCGGUUCCGCCGAGGGUUUGGUUCCCACCAACUACGUGAAAAUCGUUGAGAACUUUGCAAAUGAACCCUUUACAGCAUCUGCAGUAUUUUGCUGUUCUAAGAAGAGCAGAUGCAUUCGGGGAAGGUGGUAUUUUGGAAGCCUAUCAAGAGCCAAUGCAGAAAAAUUGCUGCAAUCUGCAGAAAAUCAAAAUGGAACUUUCCUGGUUCGUAGAAGUGAGACUACUAACAGUGAUUUUUCAAUAUCAGCUUUAAAUGAUAAAGUCCAUCACUUUCGGAUAUUUACCUCACCUGAUGAGGGAAUGUUUUAUCUUCAUGAAAACAGGAAAUUUCCAACAAUUAAUGAUCUUUUGGCAUUCUACAAGACGAAUUGGAAGACCCUUGGGUUUUUGUUGACAAAACCUUGUGCAAAGCGGACUAUUUACAAAGCCGAUCAAUGGGAAACACCUAGGGAAGAAUUGACUUUGCUACGAAAACUGGGAGAAGGUCAUUUUGCAGAGGUCUGGGAAGGUGUUUGGAAGAAUAACCAACAUGUGGCGAUCAAAAUGAUUAAAAAAGAUGAUAUGAUCGAGGAUGAGUUUGUUAAAGAAAUACAAAUUAUGAAGAAUUUCAGCCAUCCAAAGCUAAUCCAGCUACUUGCUGUUUGUUCAAUUGAGGAACCUGUUUACAUUGUGACAGAACUCCUGACUAAAGGGAACCUCCGGGAAUACUUACGUGGUGAUGAAGGAGCGUCAUUAACAACAACUCACCAUGUAUACAUAGCUAGCCAAGUGGCUGAUGGAAUGGCUUAUUUAGAACAACAUAAAUUUAUCCAUCGGGAUUUGGCUGCAAGAAAUGUUCUGGUUGGAGAAGAGCUCACCUGCAAAGUCGCAGACUUUGGAUUAGCAAGACUAAUCCGGGAUGAGGUAUACCAUCUCCGUUCUGGGACUAAAAUGCCUAUAAAGUGGACAGCACCAGAGGCUGCAAACUACCAGAGAUAUUCAAUAAAAUCAGAUGUAUGGUCUUAUGGUAUUCUUCUGUAUGAAAUAGUGACAUAUGGCAAAGAUCCUUAUGAGCGAAUGACAAACACAGAAGCCAUGGAUCAAAUAAACCGUGGAUAUAGAAUGCCUUGUCCAUCAAGCUGUACCCAAGAUGUAUAUGGAAUAAUGCUUAGGUGCUGGAAUGAGUCCGAGGAGAGCCGACCCUCAUUUAGUACUCUUUUUGAUGAACUGAAUUCAUUGUAUGCUGCAUAUUAUUACAAAAAUUAAGACCAAAUUCAGGACAGACCACAACAAAUAUUGCUGCUACUGGUGUAAUGCUGGAUGGAACUGUGUUUGAAUCAAUUCUUAAAACAAUAUUUUGUGGCAAUGGACUUUUUAAAACUUUUGUUAAAAUAGGAUACAUAAGUGAAAUAAUUGCCUCAAAACUACAGUUGGUAAAAUGGGGAAAAUAAUUUAUGGCAUUGACAUGAUAUUCUUCUGUGCAAUAUUCCAACAGAGCUGUUAACAAAUUGAGAAAAUGCUAGCAGAGAAAAGAAUGUUGUACAAAUGCAUUAAGUGCUUGUCAAACAGUCAGCUUAAUAUACUGCCAGUAAAUAUUAAGCACCGUAAGAAAAGUAUUGACAGCUUAAAAAAAAAGAUACAUCUGGAAUCUAAAAUCUCUUUAAAGAGAAUAGAAUUUUAACCAACAUCAAUCAUUGCAUUGUGAAACAUUUUUAAACAAUCUGUUACAGAGCACAGCCUUUCUGGUACCAUUAAAACAUUUGUGGCUUUCAUGUACCAUUUCUAGUUCCUUAAAGUUAUAUUAGGUUAGAAAUUACUCUUAACAUUAACGAGCAAUCUAUUUGUGUUUUUCCUUUGUCGGAUAUUUUAGCACAGAUGGUAUUCUGUUUGUUAAAAUAAAACAAAUCAGCAUUUCUGUUCAAAUAGAGAACAAAAGAUUGUCAUCCAAACUGUAACUUCCAAGCCUUAAUGACCUUUACAAAAUACCAUGCAAGAACUGUAAAAAUCUUUACAUUGGACAAUCAAGCAGGAAACUUGACCUUUGCGAAAAACCAUGCAAGAACUGUAAAAAACACAUCGAAUAAACAAGCAGGAAACUUGCCACCAGAUACACAAACACCAAUUAGCCACCAAAAGAUACAAACCACUAUUACUAGUUUCCAUACGUAUAAACAAAGAAGGACAACACUUUGACUGGGACAACACACACAUCCUAGGACAGGCAAAACAAAGACACGUACGAGAAUUCUUG